AUGUCUGCUCCGCCCGAUCCGCUGCCGCAGGUAGUGGUGGCGGACAAUGAGAAGCUGCAGGCUGCGUCCAGCGACAGAUCGGCGUCUGGGGACGAGGAAGCCAAGGCCCCGGAUGAUGUCGUGCAGCCGCCAGAGCCAAAACAAAAAUGGUAUCGCAGACUGAAUCCGCUCAGAUGGCAGACGCCGCCACCGGUACCCGAGGAGCGUACGCCGUCGAAGGAGUAUGGGGCUUCGUUUUUCAGUGUUGUGUCGUUCCAGUGGAUGUCCCCGUUGAUGAGAGUGGGAUAUUUGCGACCGCUGGAGCUGCAAGAUAUCUGGACAGUCAAUCCGGAUCGCACGGUUGACGUUCUAUCAGAACGGUUGGAUGCGGCGUUGGAAGGCCGCACCGAGCGUGGCAGCAAGCGCCCUCUCGUCUGGGCUCUAUAUGAUACCUUCCGAUCCGAAUUCCUACUCGGCGCCGUCUGCCAGCUAUUCAGUUCACUGCUGCUCGUUUUUGCGCCCUAUUUGACCCGUUAUUUAAUUGCCUUUGCGACAGAGGCCUAUAUCGCGGAGGAAUCCGACCAGCCAGCACCGCACAUUGGUCGUGGUAUGGGGUUUGUGGUGGGAAUCACCCUAAUGCAAGCCUUGCAGAGUCUGUGUACGAACCAAUUCCUGUACCGCGGCCAGAUGGUCGGUGGACAGAUUCGCGCGGUGCUGAUCUCGCAGAUCUUCAACAAGGCGAUGAAACUGUCUGGCCGGGCCAAGGCAGGUGGAAAAGCCACGACAGAAGAGGUGAAGGCCUUGGAGUCGACCAAGGAGGCGCUGAUGAAAGGCCCCAAGGAGGACAAGGGGGAAAAGCAAGCCCAAGCGCCCCCAACUGCCGCCGAUGCGAAUGGCGUGGCCGGCGAUGGACGCGGUUGGAAUAACGGUCGCAUUGUCGCGUUGAUGAGUAUUGACGUCGACCGUAUCAACUUGGCGUCCGGCAUGUUCCACAUGAUCUGGACGGCCCCGAUCUCAAUCAUCGUGACACUCGUCCUACUUUUGGUCAACAUCGGCUACAGUUGCCUGUCGGGGUAUGCCCUUCUGGUCUUCGGUGUACCUUUCCUGACAUACGCGGUUCGCUUCCUGGUGAAGAGACGUCGAAACAUCAAUAAGAUCACCGACCAGCGAGUUUCGCUCACACAGGAGAUUCUCCAGGCCGUGCGUUUCGUCAAGUUCUUCGGAUGGGAGAGCAGUUUCCUCAAUCGCCUCAAAGAAAUCCGGAAGAAGGAGAUUCGCUCAAUUCAGACUCUUCUGGCGGUCCGAAAUGGCAUUCUCUGCGUGUCGAUGUCUAUUCCCAUCUUCGCCUCGAUGCUUGCCUUCAUUACCUACGCCCUGACAAAGCAUGAUCUCCACGCUGCGGAGAUCUUCUCAUCGCUCGCAUUGUUCAAUUCGCUGCGUAUGCCACUGAACAUGCUGCCUCUGGUCAUUGGACAGGUUACCGACGCCUGGACUGCCCUGAACCGCAUCCAAGAGUUCCUCAUGGCUGAGGAGCAAAAGGAGGAUAUUGAGAAGGACGAGCACAUGGAUAGCGCCAUUGAGAUCGAGCAUGCUUCGUUCACCUGGGAGCGUCUGCCAACUGAAGAGAAUGCCGACAAGCUGAAGAAGCCCGCUGGCCCUGAUGCCAAAGCUUUGGCAUCGCCCAAGGAGGAUAAAAAGGCCGAGAAGCAGGCUCCGUCGGAACCAUUCAAACUAAAGAACAUGACACUUGAGGUCGGACGGAAUGAACUAAUUGCUGUCAUUGGAACAGUAGGCUGUGGCAAGAGUUCCUUGCUGUCUGCUCUGGCAGGCGACAUGCGAGUGACAGAGGGUAAAGUCAAGAUGAGCACCACCCGGGCAUUCUGCCCGCAAUAUUCCUGGAUCCAAAACACCUCUGUUCGUAACAACAUUUUGUUUGGAAGAGAAUACGAUGAGAAGUGGUACAAUAAAGUCAUCGAUGCAUGCGCCCUCGCCCCAGAUUUGGAAAUUCUCCCCAAUGGCGACCAGACGGAGAUCGGAGAGCGUGGAAUUACGGUCUCUGGCGGACAGAAACAACGUCUCAAUAUCGCCCGCGCGAUCUACUUCAAUGCCGAGCUGGUGUUGAUGGACGACCCUUUAUCCGCCGUUGAUGCCCAUGUCGGCCGCCAUAUCAUGGAUAGGGCUAUCUGUGGUCUUCUCAAAGACCGCUGCCGAAUCCUUGCGACGCACCAGCUGCACGUUCUUAACCGAUGCGAUCGUAUUGUUGUUAUGGAUGAAGGCCGUAUUGAUGCGGUGGAUACAUUCGAGAAUCUCAUGGCUGGAAACGAGCUGUUCAAGCGUCUCAUGUCUACAUCCCGACAAGAGGAUUCGAAGGAGGAAGAGGAGGUUGCGGAAGAAGAGGCGGGUGAGCACAAGGACAAAGAGGCCGCCCCCAAGAAGGCACCUGCCAAACCUGCCGCCGCUCUGAUGCAGCAGGAAGAAAAGGCCACUGCGUCGGUCGGCUGGGGUGUCUGGAAGGCAUAUGUGCGCGCUUCUGGCAGCUAUUUCAACGCACUGGUGGUCUUCAUCCUGCUUGCCUUGGCAAACGUCGCCAACAUCUGGACGAGUCUGUGGCUUUCCUACUGGACCUCGGAUAAAUACCCCGGCCUGUCGACUGGUCAGUAUAUCGGAAUUUAUGCCGGACUCGGUGCCAGCGUAGUGCUGUGCAUGUUCGUUUUCUCCACCUAUAUGACAACUUGUGGAACCAAUGCAAGCCGGACGAUGCUCCAGCGUGCCAUGACCCGCGUCCUCCGCGCCCCGAUGUCUUUCUUCGAUACCACCCCACUGGGACGCAUCACAAAUCGUUUCUCCAAGGAUAUCCAGGUAAUGGAUAAUGAGCUGUCGGACGCAAUGAGAAUCUACGCAUUGACCAUGACGAUGAUCAUCUCGGUCAUGGUCCUCAUCAUCGUCUUCUUCUAUUACUUCGUCAUCGCCCUGGUCCCCCUGUUCAUCCUCUUCCUGCUCGCAUCCAACUACUACCGUGCCUCAGCCCGCGAAAUGAAACGACACGAGGCUGUUCUGCGUUCGAUGGUAUACGCCCGCUUCGGUGAAGCCAUCACCGGCACCGCCUGUAUCCGCGCCUAUGGGGUGGAAAACCAGUUCCGACGUAGCAUCCGCAGCUCCAUCGAUGUGAUGAAUGGCGCCUACUUCCUGACCUUCUCGAACCAGCGCUGGUUGAGUGUACGGUUGGACGCCGUGGCCACCGCAUUGGUGUUUGUAAUUGGUGUCUUGGUCGUGACAUCUCGUUUCAAUGUCUCCCCCAGUAUUUCUGGACUGGUACUGUCGUAUAUUCUUGCUAUCGCGCAGAUGCUGCAGUUUACCGUUCGCCAACUUGCAGAGGUCGAGAACAACAUGAAUGCCACGGAGCGGGUACACUACUACGGAACCGAGCUGGAGGAAGAAGCGCCCCUGCACCUGGCUGAAGUUGCGGAGAGCUGGCCGGAAAAGGGUCGUAUCGUGUUUGACGAUGUGAAGAUGCGAUAUCGGGAUGGCCUUCCUCUUGUUCUCAAGGGUCUUUCGAUGGACGUACGAGGUGGUGAGCGUAUUGGUAUCGUUGGUCGAACCGGCGCAGGCAAAUCCAGUAUCAUGUCCGCCUUGUUCCGUCUGACAGAGCUAUCUGGCGGCAAGAUUCACAUUGACAAUGUCGAUAUUUCAACUGUCGGUCUACACGACCUUCGAUCCCGGCUGGCCAUCAUCCCACAAGACCCGGCUCUCUUCCGCGGCACCAUCCGCACGAAUCUGGACCCCUUCAAUGAACACACAGAUCUGGAACUGUGGUCUGCUCUCAAGAAAGCCUACCUGAUCGGCGAGGAUACCCUCGGAGCUGAAGAUGGCAUUCAGGGUGAACCUGGCACCGGCACAACCACACCUGCAACAGACAGCGACUCCAAGCCCCGACCCUCCAACCGUCUGACGCUAGAAUCAGCCGUCGACGAAGAAGGUCUGAACUUCUCGCUCGGUCAGCGCCAGCUGAUGGCGCUCGCUCGAGCCCUUGUCCGCGAUGCAAGAAUCAUCGUCUGCGACGAGGCUACUUCUUCGGUGGACUUUGAGACUGAUCAGAAGAUCCAGCGGACUAUGGCGCAGGGAUUCCAGGGGAAGACGCUGCUGUGCAUUGCGCAUCGUCUGCGUACGAUCAUUCACUAUGACCGCAUCUGUGUGAUGGACCAGGGUCAGAUUGCGGAGAUGGAUACCCCAGUUGCGUUGUGGGAUCGGGCGGAGGGUAUUUUUCGUGCGAUGUGUGAUCGUAGUGGGAUUACCAGGGAAGAUAUCUUGGCUGUUGAGUGA